AGGAGGUGGCGGCCGUGGCGGAGCUUCCCCGCCCGAGGGGCACCGGGGGGCUCCGGCUGUGUGGACGGAGCGUUAAUUAAAUAAUCGCUAAUUAGCGGCCCAGCAACGGGCAGCAGCCUCUCAGCCCCUACCUGUUCUGUUCAUCCCGUUCCAUGCCCCAUCCCAGGCGCCGGGACCCCCGAGGGUCCUCAUGAGGGGCCCCGAGCGGCCCCGGCUGGCGGCACCGGGCGGGCGCCCUUUGGCCGCUCCCGGCGGGGCCAUAAAGCGGGGAGCAGCCGCCGCCUGCUCGGGCAGAGGCCGUGGGGCGGCCGAUAAGGGGCCGUGGCCUUGUCCCCGCGCCACGCCUGGGCCACACGGAGCCUUAGUCAGCUCUGUCCCCUCCCUGUGCCCGGGAUCCGCGGGGCUGGGAGUCACUGAGGGGAUGCAGGUGCUGGAGUUGUGCUGGUGCCCCUCACUGCAGGGGGAUGAAGGUUUGGCCCGAGACAGCCAUGAGGGACUCGUGGCAUCCCAGGAUUGGGUGGGGGUGGGUUUUAAACACAUCCCAUUCCACCCCUGCCAUGGCAGGGACACCUCCCACUGUCCCAGGGUGCUCCAAAGCCCCAUCCAGCCUGGCUUUGGGCACUGCCAGGGAUCCAGGGACAGCCCCAGCUGCUCUGGGCACCUGUGCCAGGGCCUGCCCACCCUCCCAGCCAGGAAUUCCUUCCCAAAAUCCCAUCCAUCCCUGCCCUGUGUCCAUGGGAAGGCAUUGCUUGUUUCCUGUCCCUCCAUCCCUUGUCAAUGUUCUCUGUCCAGGGAGAACCACAGGCCACCAAGGUUUUUUUGGAUAAGCCAUAAGUGGUAGAGCCCAAGCAAACGCCCCCGGAUAUUGCCCUCAGCACGCAUCGAACGUGAUUAAUGCCGAGACGUCUGAAAAAAGGGAAACUGUCCCCAAAUUGGGUGAAGGUUCAUGGACAAUUAUAGCACCUGGACUUCGCCCGGCAGCCCCGGCCCCUCCUGCCCCGCUUGGCAGAGGAGCACAAAAACAUUUGGCUAAUGAGUUACGGGUCCAGCCCCGGGGUGGCCCUGCCAUCUCACUCUGACGGCCCCAAUCAGGGCUGGGACAAUUUUGCAAUCUGGGAUAUUAUUUCUGUGCAGUUGGAGUUUAAACUUUGCCAUUCGGGCCAGGGAAUCAUAAAGGAGGAGGAAGAGGAGGAGGGUGAAGGCCGGGCUUGUUGUCCACCGCGCUCCCCUGUGCUCAGAGAGGGCUGAGAGGACAAUCUAUGGCAUCUCCCUCAGCCAUGGCCUCCAGCACGGACAGCCUCGAGAGCCUGGACCUGCUGGAUCUCCUCUUCGACCUCCAGGAUGGGAUCCUGCGCGAGGUGGAGCUGGGGACGCCGCCGGGAGCCUGGCCCCAGGACAGGCGUGCCCCGGACAGCAAGGACUUCCUGAGCUCCGUGCUGGGCUCCGGGGACUCGGUGUCAGACUCGCCCAGCUGGUCCCCGGCCACCAGCGACAGCGGGGUGUCCGAGGACCCCCCCUCUGACCAGCACGACAGCCCCCCCCGGAGCUGUGACGGGGGUCCCCGAGAGGUCCCGCACCCCUACACCGACCCCUGCCAGGCCCAGCCCCUCCCGGCGGGGUCUGGGGUCCUGCAGCCCGAGGUCUCCAUCGACCUGGACAUGUGGCACCCUGGGUUCUUCCUGGAGGAGAGCCAGGACCUGCCCGUGGUUCCACCACCUGCAUCCUGUGCCCUCACUGUCAAGGACCUGCUGCUCUCGGGCAGCUCUGACAAUCAGCCACAGGCUCCUGGCUCCCUGCUCCGGCCGAGCCAAGGCCACUUCCAGGAGCUGGUGCUGACGGAGGACGAGAAGAAGCUGCUGUUGAAGGAGGGGGUGACCCUGCCCACGCAGCUGCCCCUCACCAAGUAUGAGGAGCGGGUGCUGAAGAAGAUCCGGAGGAAGAUCCGGAACAAGCAGUCGGCUCAGGAGAGCCGCAAGAAGAAGAAGGAAUACAUCGAUGGGCUGGAGAGCAGGAUGUUGGCGUGCACGGCCCAGAACCAGGAGCUGCAGAGGAAAGUCCUGCACCUGGAGAAGCAGAACUCAUCUCUCCUGGAGCAGCUGAAGAAGCUCCAGGCCAUGGUGGUUCAGUCGAGCAACAAGGCAGCGCAAACAGGGACCUGCCUGGCGGUCCUGCUGCUCUCCUUCACCCUCAUUGUCUUCCCCUCCAUCAGCCCCUUCGCCUCCAGCAAGGCCGAGGCAAACGGCGACUUCAGGCCAGUGCGAGUUUUCUCCAGGUCCCUGCACAACGCCGCCGCCUCCCGCGUGGUUCACAGCCAGCCCCAGGCCGGGGAUGAGAAGCCCCCGGAGCCGCUGUGGUCGGAGCCCCUGCAGGAGACCCCCCAGACCCUGCACGAGGCUUUCCAGGGCACGUUCCCAGCACUCCCGGACAAAGGGUCCCUCCAGAACAACACACGGGCCUCGGCCACCGAGGGGCUGAGCCAUGAGGACGGGGACCACGCCGAUGCUGUGCCAGGGGAUGGCUCUGUGCCACACCCAGGGCUGGCAUCCCUGGCGUGGUCCGAGCCCGGGCACGGCCGGCCCGCGGUGCUGGAGCCGGCGGAGGAGCUUUAGGCAGAGCAGGGAGCACGGGGGUGCCAUGGGGUGACAGCACCUCGUCCCCUACAGGACACGCCCUCGGGGGGACCCCUCCGGGAUCUGCCUCCGGAUGCUGGACCUGCUUGGCUUUGCUUGGAUUCUGUGAACUGGGAAGAGGAGACCGGUUCCCACUGGCCUUACUGGGAGGGAAGGGGCUGCUCCUGCCCCCCUGGCACAGUGGGAGUUGUGGAAGGGACCUGGGGUCACUCAGGAUGGGGCUGAGGAAGCAGGAGAGGCCCUGGCCUGGUUGGCUGCUGAUGGUGCAACUGGUUGGUUUUGCUCUUGGUUUUGUUUUGGUUUUUGGUUUUAGAAUUUUAUUUUCAUCUCUAAAUAUAAGAUAUUUUGGAA